CGUGUCACGCCUUUCUUCGAGCCUUCUUCUUUGUCUGCGCGCCGCCAUGCUCCGCGCCAUACGCUCCCUUUCCACCGCUGCCGCCGCCGUCACACACAGCGGCCAGCAGACCGUGCACCACCCCUUCUUUGUCCCGCGAAACUCCCGAGGCAGCCUGCCGGUCUACAGCGAUGUCCGCAAUGGCGGCGGUCGCUAUCUCGUCCUGAUCCGCAACGUCGACGGCGACGCAAAUGCCCUCGCCAACGCCCUGCGCGCGGACCUCUUCCCGAAGGAAACACCAGAGGCGGCGCGCCUGAACGUCGAGGUCAAACACGCUCGGCACCUCGUCAUCACAGGGGGCCGCUGGAAGCAGGCCGUCACAGAGUGGCUCAUAUCGCGCGGUUUCUAGUUAUACUUGCGGUUUCCACUUAUUCUUACCUGUCAUCAUCCUCGGAAUCCCACCUCGCUCCACCCGCGUCGGCCGUAUCUUGCUGUCUGACUGGCCCGGGCGCCCUGCGGCCUCUGUUCGAGUCCUGACAGCCACUCCUUCUCGAUCGUGGCGGGACGCGUGAUCCUGCGUGCGCAGUACCAGCACUCCAUCUGCUCUGUUGGCGCGAACAUGAUUCUGCGUUGGCAAGAAUAUGAUUCUGCGCUGUCGGUAAGAUGAUCUCUCUCCUCGCAUCCGACUUGCCGCCUAGUAUCUCAUCCUGCCGCCGCCC